AUGGAGGUUCGAUUACACCCCGCUAUCUCGAUGUUCCGCUGUUGCAAUAGAUAUACGCAGCAGGGCUCCCGGUUAUCGAGCGCACUGGUUCAAUUACCUCAACUUAGAGAUGCAGGAGCUCACAACGCGUCGUGGAUGUGCGUCGGUCGUACGGAUGGACAAAUUGCUGCUUUGUAUAACAGUAAGAUUUCCGAAUGCUGA